AUCGACACGCGUGCAGUUGCCACGACAGGGGAACAAUCCGCGCCGCUGGCCAGACCGGCCACAUGUUGAAAGUCCCGAAGACAAUUGCAUUUGAACUAUAAGAAAGAAGCAUACUGACUUGCAACACGGCCGCGUGAAGACGAUUGCGAAAGGGUUUCUGCCCCAGCUCUGUGUUCUUGAACACGCUAGUCAGCCAAUGCAGCAGUUGCCACAACAAUGUUGACAUGAAAACAUCUACUUUGAGCUAGCCCGAAAGCCGGGCUUUUGCAGUUACUCGUCUAUUCGGGGCCUCGGCGAGCGAGCCAUGGCGCUGCCUGAUGGAGCCAUAGCCUUGAUAAAAAGUCUUCGGGUUGCAGGUGCAUCCGGAGCAGUCGAGGGGGAAGGAGCUCUGCAUUCGCUCAGGCGCUCUUCCCGCCGGACGCUUGACCACGACGGCACUGGUGCCACCGCCGCCACCGGCGAGCGCCACGCCCCGCUCAGCGCCCACUCCUUCACCGCCCUGCCGCAGCCGCGGUUCCCAGGCGUCGCCGUCGGCGCCAGCCUCGCCGGCGGCGGCGGCAGCGCCAGCUUCUCUGUGCCCUCCACCGCCAUCUCGGCGGCGGCGCUCGCCGCCGCCAACGCCAGCAACGGCGGCGCCGCCGUCCUCAGCGGCGUCUCUCUACCUCUCAUUCCCUCCGCCGGUUCAAGCCCUGUGUCCUCGCCCUCGCGCCUCGGGCCUCGGGGCAGCGGCGUCGGGCUGGGCACUGGCGCCGGCGCCGGCUUCGCCGGCCCGGCCUCACCCAACGCCUCAAUCGCGGGCGCGGUCCCCUUCCUGCCGUACACACCAGGGCCGGGACUGGGUGUCGGAGGCGCGCCAGUGCUGCCGGCGUCGCCGUCGGGCUCGGGCGUGCACUCCUUCCCGCUGCUAGCGGUGGGACGCACCUCUGGCGCCGCACUCACUGGCGGCGGCGGCGGCGGCGGCGGCUCGGCGCCGCUGCCAUUCCACAUCAGCGGCAACCCAAUGGCGCUGGUGCAUGAGCCGCCGGUUCUGCUCUGCUCCUCGCCGCCUGGCGGCGGCGGCGGUGGCGGCGGCAGUACGGGCGGCGGCGCUGUGAGCAUUGCCGGCAGCGCAGGCAGCAUCGGCGGCGGCAUCGUGAGCCUUGCUGGUGGCGGCGGUGGCGGCGGCAGCUUUGUCUUCCCCAGCAGUCCCGGCGGCGGCAGCGGUCUGACGGCGCCGGGGGUGCUGAGCCUGACCGGCGGCGGCACCGGCGGCGCUGCUGGCGGCGGCGGCGGCGGUGGCGGCGGCGGCGGCGGCCCGAUCUCGGCGCCGCUGCCGGUGCCGAUGUCGGGCCGGCGGUUGGGCAACCUGGUGGCGGCUGCAGCCGGCGGCGGCGGCGGCGGCGGCGGCGGCGGCGGACUGGGGCCACUUGGGUCUUCGCCGGGGGCGUCGGCCGUUGGCGUCGCCCACGUGGCUCGGGCUGCAGGGUCGCCGUCGGGUGGGCACGUCGCCGGCUCCGUCGCGUCGCAGCUACAGCCGGUGGCUUCGUCCGGGCCCCCGGGGGCUGUAGCAGGGGAGGUGAUGAGCAGCAGCAGCCCCGGUGGCGGCGGCGCGCCGACGGUGAUGCCGCGCCCGCAGCGGCCCUCGGCCUCGGGCGCCGGCUCUCCGUCACCCGGCGGCACGCCCGCCGCCGGCGCCAGCCCAGCCACCAGCUCCCGCUGUCUUUUGCCACCUGACUUCACGCCCUUCGCCAGCCCUGACAUCGCCAGGCUGAACCGGCUGCGCCCGACGUCGGCUGGCGCCGCCGCCGCCGCCGCCGCCGCCGCCGCUGGUGGCUCGCCGCUACCGUACCCACUGCCUCAGGCCGCUUUGCCAGGUGGCGGCGGCGGCGGCGGCGGCGGCAGCGGCAUGUUUGACCUGUCAAUAACCGGCGGCCGCCGCCUCAGCAUCGCUGGCGACGCCGCCGCCGCCGCAGGGUCACAGAAGCUGGUGCUGGCGGCUGGGCACGAGCUCAGCGCGACACUCAGUGGCACGCUCCACGCCCACGGCAGCGGCGGCGCGGCCGGCGGCGCCGCCAGCAGCGGCGGCGCGCCGCCGCUGCACCCGCCGCCGGCGCCGCUGCACAGCCUGACGUCGGGCCCGUCGGCGACGCAUCUGAGCUUUGGACCCGAGAUUGUGGCCAGCGUCGCCGUCGGCGGCGGGCGGCGGCUGAGCAUGACUGGGGCGGCGGGCGGCGGCGGCGGCGGCCACGACAGUGGCGGCGGCGGCCCCUCGCAGCGAUUAGUCAUGGCGGCGGCUCACGAGCUGAGCAACACGCUCGCGGCGACGCACCAGCAGCACCACGCCCUCAAUCAGUCGCAGGCGCAGCAGCAGGCAGGCGCGCAGUCGCCGUCACGACGCGACUCCACCACCACCACCACCGCAGCCCAGCUACAGCUGCAGCUGCCGCCGUCGCUCCUGCUACAGCCGUCGCCGGGCAGCGGCGCGGCCACCGCCGCCACCGUCAGCCGGCCCAUCUCCGCCGGUGGCGCCGCCGCGGCGGUGGCAGUUGCUACUGCCGCAGGCAGUGGUAGUAGCAGCACUGGCGGCGGCGGCGGCGGCAGCAGGUCGCAGCUACAGGCCGCUCAAGCCGGUCCGCUACCCGGAGGGCAGGCGCCCUCUGCGUCGCCGCUGGCACCGCCGCCGGCGAUUGCCUCGGCGCCGCCGGUGCUACAGCCGCUGCUGCUGUCGCCUGCCAUGCGUGCGUCCUUCACUGGCGCCCCCAGUCCUGCCACCUCCCCGACCAAAUCCAUGUCUUCGGCCGCCGCCACCUUCGUGGCUGCAGCCACUACAGCCAACGGCAGCAACGGCGGCAGUAGCAGCCCCACGCGCGUGCCGGUGCUACAGCCGCGGCUGUCUGAACCCGGCGCCGGCGCCGGCUUUUCGUCAUUCGCACCUGCUAGUGGCGGUAGCAGCGGCCCCGCCGCCCUUGACCGGCCCGUGUCCGCCCUCCGAGCCAGCCUCACGCCGCUACCGGCGGCGCUCGUGCAGUCAGCGGCAGCCAAGGCGGCAGCGGCGGCGGCGGCAGCCGCAGCAGGCGCCGCCCUGUCGCCGCCGUCGCUGGCUCCACACGUCCCAGCCAGCCCGCCCGCGCACCACCGCUCCCCGCGGCCCGACCCGCUGCUCCGCCGGCCGUCCACCUCCGGCGGCCCAGGCGCCAUUGGCGGCGGCGGCGGCGGCGGCGGCGUGGCGGCGAUGUCGCCGCCGCCGACUCGGCCGCCGGCACUCAGCGCCCGGUCGGGUUCACUGGCACCGCUGCGCGGCGCUGCUGCCGCAGCGGCGGCGGCGCCGCCGCAGCUGCUGCCUGUAGUGAUUGGCCCGGGCGCUGUUGCGGAGUCGACGCUGCAUGCUGAUGAUGAGGAGCACGGCGCCGACGACGAUGGUGGCGUGGAGGAGGAGGAGAACGAGGAGGAGGAGUUUGGCGGCAUCAGGACUGCGGCGGAGGACGCAGAGGCGCCAGGAGAAGCUGUCGGGGCACGCAGCGGCGGCGGCGGCGGCGGCGGCGGGAUGGAGCUAACGGUGAGGGGGCUGCAAGCGCCUGACCCGGCGGCGGCGGGCGCGGCGGCGGGCGGGGUGGUGAGCGCGACGGGAGGGUUGCGGUCGCAUUCGGCCCGCCAGCUGACUUAUCUGAAUGAUUCCUACGCCAUCAUAGAGCCUAGUGGCGUCGCAAACAACGGCCAUGGAAGCGGCGGCGGUGGCGGCGGCGGCGGCAUGGCGGUGCAAAGCAGCGUGCGCCAACCAAUGCAAACAGAAUCCGUGCGCUUCGGCGGCGGAGGCGGCGGCAACGGCUGUGCCGGGCUGCUGGGCGCGACGCCGCGGCUAGUGACGGGAUUGCCGCACCCCUCCGCCGUGGUUGCGAAGCUCAUGUCGGGCGGCGCCGGUGCCGCCGCCGCCGCCGCCGCCGCCGCCGGAGGCGCCGCCGAUGACGGCGGCGGCGGCGGCGGCUGUCAUUCGCUGUGGGCGCCCGACCACGACGUCCUGCCCGCCAUAUCGGCGGCGGCACGAGUGAGCAGCGCCGGCAGCCGGCGGGCGUCCCUGACGUCUGGCGGCGCUGCCGGCAGCGGCGGUGGCGGCGGCGGCGGCGGCGGCUCGCCCUUCCCCGCUCCGCGGGGACCGUCCUACCCCGGCGGCGGCGGCGCAGGGGCCGCCGGCGGCGGCUACGGCUAUGACAUCCUGCCGCCGACACGCUUCCGCGCUGUCGGUAUCGACGCCGUCGCCGCCGCCGCCACCGCCGCCAGUGGCUCAAGCUAUCUGCAGAACCUCGCAGCAGCUGCAUCCUGCGCAACCGUCGCCGCCGCCAAUGCGGCGGCGGCGGCGCCGCAGGGCGCGAGCGGGGCCCGUCGCCAGCGGUCUGUCAGCGACAGCGGCUGUGGCGGUGGCGGCGGCGGCGACGGCCUGUGGGCGUUUCUGGCGGCGGCGGACGCGGGGGCCGUGGGUCUGCCGCUGGGCGGCGGGCUGGGCGUGUUGGGAGGUGACAUGAUUGCCAAGGUGCGCCAGGCGCAGCUGAGCAGGCCCAACACACGCGACGCCGGAAGCGGCGCUUCUGACGGCGGUUCCGGAGGGCUGCGGCUGCCGGCGGCGGCGCCGCCACGUGUGCGCUCCGCCAACCCUAUCGUCGGCCGCACCGCCGCCGCCACCGCCGCCGCCGCCGCCACCGCCGCCAGUGGCUCAAGCUAUCUGCAGAACCUCGCAGCAGCUGCAUCCUGCGCAACCGUCGCCGCCGCCAAUGCGGCGGCGGCGGCGCCGCAGGGCGCGAGCGGGGCCCGUCGCCAGCGGUCUGUCAGCGACAGCGGCUGUGGCGGUGGCGGCGGCGGCGACGGCCUGUGGGCGUUUCUGGCGGCGGCGGACGCGGGGGCCGUGGGUCUGCCGCUGGGCGGCGGGCUGGGCGUGUUGGGAGGUGACAUGAUUGCCAAGGUGCGCCAGGCGCAGCUGAGCAGGCCCAACACACGGUACGUUGCGCCUGGCAGUGGCGGUAGUGGCGGUAGUGGCGGUGGUGGCGGUGACGGAGCAGUGGGCAGCCUAAGCCAUACUAUGGAGAAAUGCACCCUACAGCCGUCGGUGACGGCGGCGGCGGCAGCGGCGGCGACGGUGGCGGCAGUGGGCACGUGGAGCGGAGGUGGCGGCGGUGGCGGCGGCGGCAGGGUCAGGCGGCCGCAGACGGCGGCGGCGGCGGUAACGCUGCCGGUGCUGACGGCGGCGGCGGCGGCGGCGCGGCCGCUGGAGGCAAGUGUGGGCAGCCUGCCGCUCAAGGCGCUGGCGGGCGGCGGCCAGGCGGCGGCGGCGGCGGCGGCGGCGGCGCGGGCGAGGUAGCGGCGGCGGCGGCGGCGGCGGCGCGGGCGAGGUAGCGGCGGCGGCGGCGGCGGCGAAAUGUUUGCUAUCCUGAGAGCGAGGCGCGUUAUGUGUGACGGCAUCAUCCAGAUUUGCAUCUCCGCAGGAUGGGACUUGCAUGUGUUGUGCAUGAUACCGACUUCACGUUUGUGGCGCGAAGGUGGGGAUGAAUAUGCACUGUAUAUAAACACACGCGCGGGUGUCCAUUUUGUCCCUCUUUUUAUAACAUGCUCAUACGACUUUGACAAAUGCGUGCGGGGCGGCUGGGUUCGAUGCAUUGACACCGCCGCAUGAGCUGCAGGGCGUUAGUGAGUGCGAGAUGCGGG